AUGAGUCCUAACGCCUCCAGCGGUACCUACAGCAGCCCUGCGCCUCAGUGCUCGGACCGACGCCUCAGUAGAUCCUCAUCAUCUCUCAUGAUUCUACCAGGACCCGAAGUGUUGGCUUCACCGGACACAAAUGUAACUCUUACUUGCAUAGUGGCCGGGGACGCAGUUCAUCAUGAUCUAACGCUCAAAUGGCUCUUUGAGGAUGAAGUCCGGGGCUUAUGCCAUUUUUCAAGUGGGGAGUUCCCUGAGCCCUUUACGGGACAUGGAGCCUUUGAGAGGCAGUGCAACCUGACAGUCGGGCCAGUGGACAGGUCGUCCGUGGGUAUCUACAAGUGCCAGUAUUUUGACGGGGAGCAAGCAGUCUCCCAAAACCUAAUAUUCAUGAUCGAUAUAAACGAAUGCGAUGAUGAAUCGACGAACGAUUGCGAUGCCAACGCUGACUGUGUGGAUUUGGAUGAUGGUUACGAUUGCAUUUGCAAGGACGGAUUCAAUGUGGACGAGGCUACAGGGAGUUGCCAAAGAAUGAACGAAUGCGAUGAUGACUCGACAAACGAUUGCGAUGCCAACGCUGACUGUGUGGAUUUGGAUGAUGGUUACGAUUGCAUUUGCAAGGAGGGAUUCAAUUUGGACGAGGCUACAGGAAGUUGCCAAAGAAUGAACGAAUGUGAUGAUGACUCGACGAACGACUGCGAUGCCAACGCUGACUGUGUGGAUUUGGAUGAUGGUUACGAUUGCAUUUGCAAGGAUGGAUUCAAGGUGGAUGAGGCUACAGGGAGUUGCCAAAGAAUGAACGAAUGCGAUGAUGACUCGACGAACGACUGCGAUGCCAACGCUGACUGUGUGGAUUUGGAUGAUGGUUACGAUUGCAUUUGCAAGGAUGGAUUCACUGUGGACGAGGCUACAGGGAGGUGCCAAAGAAUGAACGAAUGCGAUGAUGAAUCGAGGAACGAUUGCGAUGCCAACGCUGACUGUGUGGAUUUGGUUGAUGGUUACGAUUGCAUUUGCAAGGAUGGAUUUAAAGUGGACGAGGCUACAGGGAGUUGCCAAAGAAUGAACGAAUGCGAUGAUGACUCGACGAACGACUGCAAUGCCAACGCUGACUGUGUGGAUUUGGAUGAUGGUUACGAUUGCAUUUGCAAGGAUGGAUUCAAUGUGGACAAGGAUACAGGGAGUUGCCAAAAGAGUAACCUAGAUGGGAGUAUUGGUGUUAACAAUGGAGUUGUAGCUGUAUGCGCCUCCGUGGCCUUGUUGAUCAUAGCGGUAGUUGGGCUCACUGUCUUUGCUCGUCUGAGCGUCAAGAGAAAUCGUGGACAGGCAUCGGUGACCCAGAACGCAAUGCUUAGCACGGAAGCAGCAGAGUCAGCGGUUGCAAUGCUCGUAUCAUCAUACGAAGACAGGAUCGCACAGGCUGCGGCGGUCUCUUAUGAAAGUAUCAGACGACGAGAUCUGGCAUCAAAGGGUGGUGGUCUCCCAAGCUGGGCUAAACCGUGGGAGAUCCUAUGGAGUGAUCUGUUGCUGGAUGAUGAGGUUCUGGGGAGAGGGAACUUUGGAGAAGUCAGAUCGGGGGCCGUCAGAAUUGGAGGCAAGGUGAUUCGAGCGGCCAUCAAAAUGCUCAAAGAGCACUCGUCAAGUUCUGAAAAAGACGACUUUAUGCAAGAGUUGAAGACCAUGUCCUCUGUCGGCCAUCAUGUUAAUAUCGUUUGCCUCUUCGGGGCAUGCAAGCAUCAAGAUGUGUUGUACGUCGCAUUGGAAUAUCUUCCCUACGGCAAUCUGCGAAGCUACCUGCGGACGGCUCGCUCACAGUCAGACUCAGACGAGGAUGCCUUGUCUUCAGAUCAGCUGGUCAAGUUUGCUCUGGAUGUUGCCAAGGGAAUGGAACACCUUGCUCAAGCGGGGGUGAUUCACCGUGAUUUGGCCGCUAGAAACAUUCUGGUUGGAGAGGCGUUGGUUGCUAAAGUCUCUGAUUUUGGGCUGUCCAGAGGGGAAGAUGUCUACACGCAGAUGUCGUCGAAGCGGGUUCCCCUUCGUUGGUUAGCAAUUGAGUCCGUCAGGCUCAAUACAUACACCACCAAGAGUGAUGUGUGGUCGUUUGGAAUACUUCUGUGGGAAAUCGCCACUGUUGGGGGAACUCCCUACCCGACCAUUGACAGCGACUUUUUGCCUGGAAAGCUGCUGAAAGGGUACCGCAUGGCUAAGCCGAGCAACUGUGAUGACCACAGUUAUGCUCUGAUGCUAAAGUGCUGGAACGAGGAUCCUAAUAAAAGGCCAACCUUCACCGAGUUGGUCUCCAUCCUGAGUGGCAUGGCAGUGAAUAACACCAAUAGUACGUAUAUGGCGAUGGACGGCAUCAGGUAUAUCAAUUGGAGCGCCAUUCGCCCCGAGUUUGAUGACAAAUGAGGGUUUACCAAAGCAAAGAAAGGCGUG